CCAUUAACUUACUUGAUCUGUAAAUCGUUGACCACAUAGGCCGCCAUGACUCGCAUUACUGAAGAAUUUAAACUGAAAAACUUACCUUGGAUAGAAACAAUGACCAUUACAUCCAAAGAACCUAUUGUUGUUGAAGAUGUGAAUAAUGAUAUGGAACGUGAACUAGCAUUUUAUAAACAAGCUUUGGAAGCAGCAAAGCUUGGAAAGAAAUUAGUAGAGAAAGCAGAUGUGCCUUUUUGGAAGCCUGACGACUAUUUCGCUGAAAUGGUGAAGAGUGAUGAACAUAUGGCAAAGAUCAAUAAGAAAUUGGCCAAUGAAAAGGCAGCUAUUAAGGCAGCUGAGGAUGCUAAACGUCAACGUCAACUCAAAAAGUUUGGCAAGAAGGUUCAGAUUGAGAAGCAAUUAGAACGACAAAAACAAAAGACAGAAACACUAGAAAAGAUCAAAUUACUGAAAAGAAAGAGAAAGAGCGGUGAAGAUUUAACUGUGGAUGAUAACUUUGACAUUGCUUUAGAAAAGGCAGAUACCAAACGCGCAAAGAAGGAUAAGGACAAACCUACAAAGAGUUUGAAGAGAGUAAUGAAGGAUAAAAAGUAUGGAUCUGGAGGAAAGAAGGGACGCUUCGCUAAGUCAAAUACUGCUGAAUCAUCUGCUGAACUUGGCGGAUAUAACAAGAUGAAGGGCAAACCAAUCUUUAAAGGAAAAGGCAGAAAAAGCUUCAAGAAAUAAGCUUCUUCCUUAAGCAGAUGUUACCUAACUAACCUAUAUAUUACAUAUAUAACUAUUAGAUCUUUCAAUUCCUUUUUCUACCUUGCAUGUAUAUAUUUAACGUUAUCAAAAUGAAAACUAAAAAAAAGCCUUUGUCAGCGAUAGUGAUGACGGUGUGAGUCAGGGGCCUUUUCGCUGCUGCUGUAUGAACGCUUCCAGCUAGCGUUUUAGCUUGUGUUACAGUAGUUGUCAUAUCGCCAUUUGUCUCACUUUGCAUUUAAGCGAGCAGAAUACGGACAGAAAGAUGUAGACAAAUGGAGGUGUGAGUGUUGAAUUUUUCUGCACGCGUGUAUUCUAUUGAUCUCUCGCUGUUUCGU